GCUGAUUUAGGUGACCUGUGGGACUUUCCUAGCUAUCUGGUUAGUUGUUGAGCUGAGACUUCACCACCACCUGUCUGCACAGGAGCACAGUGACCACCUAGCCUCAUGGACUGCCACCCCAACACGAAGAGCCUGAACAGCCAAUAUAUGGUCCUAUUUCCCAUCGGCCACGGUGCAUUUGGCUCUGUGCAACUGGCCUACCAUCGCCUCACAGGCAUCCCAGUGGCAGUAAAAUUGAUAGAAAACCUUGAGGAGGACCUCCAGUUCAUCAUAUCUGAGAUGGUGGCCCUCGAAAAACUGCACCACCCCAACAUCAUUCGCCUCUUCCAGGUGCUGGUAACACCAGAGCGAAUCUGCUUCAUCACGGAGUUUGCCCCGGGAGGAGACUUGUUCCAAAAAGUGACGGAGGAGGGCAGGCUGCAGGAGGAAGAGGCACAGAAAAUAUUCGGGCAGAUCCUGUCAGCCGUCAAGUAUUGCCAUGACCUUGACAUCGUCCAUCGAGACCUGAAGCCCGAAAAUAUCCUCUUAGACGAAGAGGGAAACGUGAAGCUGGCAGACUUUGGUCUUUCCACCAGUUGUAGAGCUGGAACUCUACUGCAAGAGCAAUGUGGGACCAAGACCUUCAAUGCCCCAGAACAGGUACUGGGAUUGGGCUAUGAUGGGAAGAAGACGGAUGUGUGGAGUCUGGGUGUGCUGCUCUACUUUAUCACUACCGGGAACCACCCCUUCCAAGGAGACACCAUGGAAGAGAUCCAGGGGAAGAUCGUCACAGGCACCUAUGACAUUCCAGCUCACAUCUCUGGGCAACUGGAAAAUUUAAUUCACCAAAUAUUGACGGUUGCCCCAGAGAGGAGGCCCUCCAUUGAAGACCUUCAGCAACAUCCAUGGGUCAUGAACUGGAAAGAAUAUAUCCCAAGUGAAACCUUCGUGGAUCCAAAGGUCCUAGACACACUCUCUGACCUCGGCUUUAAUACGAAUGACGUUUUGGAAUCCCUCCAAAAAAAUACAUACGAUGAGUUUAUGGGGACAUACCUCACCAUCAAAGAACAGGCACGCAAGGGGCUGCCGCUUGAGCUCGGCUGCACCACCUGAGCCAAGCCUGUGGACGCUGGAGCUGCUCCUCCUGCAUCCCUAGCAUAUCCCUCUGUCUCUGGUCUUCCCCAAAAACGGAGGGCCAGUGAGCCCAUCUUUGGCCUCCUGAACACCCAGACCUCACCACAGCACCUGCCUGUUGUGCCAACAGCACCAGGGCAGAAGGUGGCCAGAAGUGCCUCCAUGCCUGUACAUUGUCCCCAGAACAAGAGCCCCACUAUUAGCUCUGCCACCCUAUCCAGAGGCGAGACUUCUCCAAGUGUCUGCAGCAGCAUAUCAGAAGAGGAAACCAUCCCGUCCCCUGGGACUGACUCUGACAUGGAAAAUGCACUGAACCCUCAGAACAUCGGGUACAUCCAGAGACUGUGCAAGAGAAUCAGGGCUUGCCUCUCAAGAUUAUGCUGAUUCUCGGGGGAUCGAAAGACACAAGUCCAGCCCAUGUUCAACAACAAAGUGGCUCCCCUGAAAGAGACAGGAUGAAAAGCCCAAGGAAUUGGGCAUGCAGGUUUGAAAGUGCAUAUGUGCUUUGCAUUUUAUUUCCUCUGCCUUUUCAUCGAAAUAUCAGAAAGGUAUAUAUUUGUUUUGUGGGGUCCAUGGGAUGUUCAGAUGUAUUUCUACACCAGCUGGAUUAAACCCUGCCACUUAGCAUACCUCCUCAGGAAGAUAUCCUGCUGGAACAUACUCAGGUCGUGUCCAAUGUAACUGAACUAGCAGUAGACAACAAAAGACUGUGAUCGGAGUGGGGUGGGUGGGGGGUGUUGUGAUGUGGAGCUGUUGUCCACAGGGAACAGAUGUUCAUAUACAAGACUUUGCUUGGAGAUCUAGGGCCUGGCAGAGUAACUAUGGUCAAAGGUCAAAGGGCCAUUUCAAUGUCUCCCUACAGUUCAACUGGACAGGCAGAGUGUGUCAAGUCCUGUGAGGCCUGAUGUCACAUUGAAGAGGCCAACUGUGGGAGCCUGAGCUGGAUCCCAGUUCCUGCAUACCCUGAGCACCCAGUCUAGACGAGAUGUCUGCAAUAUCACAGGACUCUCCACUGUGGCAUUCCAGGAGAAUGCCCUCAAAGGACAGAGGUUGAUUACAAAACAUCCAUCAAUUUCCAAUCUUCAGUCUUUCACAUCUGAGGAGCCUGGAGGAGGGACUCUACUGAUUUUUUCACGGCAGCCAUGUGAGCUAGAUCCUUGCAUUUCCUGGGCAUUUUGUUCUCAAUUGUGGGAUCUCUGACUACAAAGGCAAGCGGUUCCUUGUUGCUGAGGGUCAUGCCUGACUAGAACAAGAUGUGACUUGAAAAACAAGGUCAAUUCUCUCACCUAAGCAAGGGAUGGAGAAGGGAUGUGAGGCCAUUGUACGUAAGAAAGAAAUGUCCUGAUGGAAUCUAAUGUCAUGAUCUAGUUCCUGGCAGAGGGACUAUGGUCAAGGCUCAAAGGGGCCACCUGGAGAUUUCCCUGCAGUUCAGAUGGACACACAAGUGUACUGAGCUCUGAAUUGUAUUCUGAUAGCACAGAGUGGGGCAUCAGCCAGGUCUGGUCACAAGUAUCUGCAGAUGAAAGUCUGGAUGCUUAGUAUCACCUGCUAGAUGUCCAGUCCAUGGGACACCGGGCAACCCAAGAAGUCAUUGUGAUUGCAGUGCUACAGGAGUCUCCACAGGGAACUAACUCCAUUCUCAAGAGCAGUGGAUACUGGGAUAGCCAUCCAAAGCAUCUGAUGAUCAGGCAAGAAGCGCUGAGGAUGUCUUCAAGCCCUACAUGCCAAGAAGAAAACAAACUCAUUCUCAUGGGGCAUUAACGCUGGCCCCCUUUCCCUUCCCUUCCUCUAUGUACUCUAUGUCCAAUCACCCAGAAGACAUUUCCUUCUGACAGUCACAGUAGAACCCUGCUCCAGAUUUUCGGGAACACAGUUGGGAUGGGGAUCUGGACCUCUCUGUCCUUCCAUGUCUGUAUGGACAUUUAGGAUGUGUGCAGUCUCCGGAUGGUCCCGUGCCAGCUGCAGGCUGGGCUGAGCUGGAGCUUUGUCAUCAUCUAAUGCAGAAGCCCUUGUACCAAUAUGUGAUCCUGUUGACAAGGCUGUUCUGCCCCUCAAGCCAAUGGGCUGAUUCACCUGUCCCCAUAUAAAGACAGCCCAGCAUGCCCUUACCGGGUGCUACCGUCACUAUGGAGACACUAAGACAAGAAGGACUGUGACAGUACGAAGUGGGAUGGGAAGACAUUGUGAGGCCCAGCUGUACCUGGGAACUAGACAGCGAAACCACCGAUCCCCUCUUCAGACCUGCAUUCUAUACUACUGUCCUUGUACCAAAGCUCUGUCACGGAGAAGGCAACAAUUUCUCCCUGAAUCUCCUUCAGCCUAUAUUCUGAGUCUUCUAGAUGGGAAGAACCUGGAGGAGGGUCUCUCCAGAUGUGUCAGAGGGUGGCCCUGUGAGCUGGGUCACUGCAUCUGUUGGGAUUUUGUUCCAGGUGUGGGAUAUGUGACAGAGCUAGGCUUACAGCUCUAGCCAUGCAGCCUGUUCCUCACUUCCUGGCAUGUGCCUGCUCUAGUCUCCCUGUAGCAUCAUGGGAGCGGUUCUUCCUCCACAGCCCUGAUCCCAUUCUUACCGACAAGGAAUGAGAGAGAAGACUGGGUCUUAGGUUUGAGCCCAGCUUCUGGGUUGCCUUUGUGCAAUGAUCUGAGCUGUUCUUUUGUCAGUUGACACUCGAUGGACACGGCCAUGUGCCAGGCCCUCAGUAGGGGCUGGAUCCCAGGAUCGGUAGUCUGGUGGUCAAGCCGUCCACAGGGAGCUGGCACUCUGGUAGUGUCCAGGAAAAUCAGGAAGACAAAGGUCCUGAGACCCUCAGUCACCUUGAGGAGACCCGUCACUGUCCAGGAUUUUCUUUCUACUCCGAAAAGAAGGCACUGAGUGGGGCAGGUGGGAUGCAUCACAAAUCCUCUCUGCUCUGACCUGCUGUCACUGUCUUCUUUGUGGAUGUCACCAGAAACAGCAGAGCAGUCAAGCAUCAUGAGGUGUCCCUAAUGGAGACGUCCCAGGCUCAAGUCACAGUCAACUGUGCACCAAGGUCCUUCCGUGUAGGUGGCUGGGCAGUCUGAACACAAAGUCUUGCUGUGUCCGUGAGGGCCCGGGCCCUGGGACUCUCUAACUUCCUGCUGCAGUUGUUGCUGUGUCUGAUGCUCCUGCUGCCAAAACCUACGUCAUGGAUUUGAAAACAUGAGUUUCCAACCUCAAACCUGGACAGUUCUACGUCAGAGAGGACAAUGUCUAGAUUUGAAAUGGAAGACCAGGUCCACCGGUUAUUCCUAAAUGUGAGAAAUCUGGGGAUCUGUUUUUUUUCACAUCGGGUGCUUCAAGAGAAUACACAAGAGAAUCAUGGUUUGUCUAUAAAAAAAUGUGCUACUUCAAUCACAAAAGCCCAUCCUAUGUUUAACAACAAAGCGAUUCCCAUGAAAGAGGCAGGGUGCAGAGAAGAGUGAGGAAUUGGGCAUGCAGGUAUGAGAGGGUACAUGUGCGCUUUGCAUUUUAUUUUCUCUGCCUUUUCAUCCGAAAAAUAAGAAAUGUGUAUGCUUGUUUUGUGGGGACCAAUGGGGUGUUCAGAUGUAUUUCUACACCAGCUGGCUUAAACCCUGCCACUUAGCAUACCUCCUCAGGAAGAUAUCCUGCUGGAACAUACUCAGGUGGUGUCCGAUGUAACGGAACUAGCAGUAGACAACAAA